ACAGCCAGCUUUUGCGAUCAGUCGGGGACAAUCUCUCCACAAAUACAGUCGCUUUUAUUUGAUUAAAAAUUCAUUUUCCUCCUGAGAAAUAAAAACCCCGAGGAAAAUGCAAAAGUGCUGCUUUGUGAUCUUUUUCGUGAUCUUUUGUGAAGUACAAAGUGCCUCAAAACCCAAUAUUGUUGUGAUCUUAGCUGAUGAUUUGGGCUCAAAUGAUGUGAGUUUCAAGGGGUCAAAUCAAAUUCCCACCCCCAACAUUGACGCCUUGGGCUAUCAAGGAGUCAUCCUCAAUCGUCACUACGCCCCCGCACUGUGUACCCCCUCGCGAGCUGCUCUCCUUACGGGGAAGUAUCCCAUGCAUUUGGGAAUGCAGCACUACGUCAUCCCGUCAGAUGGCCCUUGGGGUUUGCCGCCAAAUUUCCGCAUUCUACCGCAAUACCUCAAAGAGGUUGGCUAUCGGAAUCAUCUUGUGGGAAAAUGGCAUCUUGGCUUCUCUCGGAAGUACUACAUUCCCACCGAAAGGGGUUUUGACUCCCACAUUGGCUUCCUGGGUCCCUACAUUGACUACUUCGACUACACGCUCGAAAUGGCCAACAAGCCCUACAAGGCGGGAUUUGAUUUUCGCAAAAAUGAAUCCAUCUACCGCGACCGUGUGGGCACAUAUGUGACGGACGCAUUGACAAUGGAGGCAGCAACGGUCAUCCGUGACCAUGAACCCACUGAGGGUUCCCUCUUUCUCUUUGUGUCCCAAAUUGCCCCACAUGCUGGCAAUGAGGAUGACCCACUGCAGGCCCUCGAGCAAGAUCGCGCCCAAGUGUCGCGUAUUGCGAAUGAGGAGAGACAAACUUAUGGGGCCAUGGUGAGGGCCCUCGAUCGAUCAGUUGGGGGCAUUGUGGAGGCAUUAGCAGCCAAAGGGCUCCUCAACAAUACCAUCAUACUCUUCUACUCAGACAACGGGGGGCCAACGCAUGGACUUCACUCCACAACAGCAUCCAACUGGCCACUCAGAGGGCAAAAAGACAGUCCCUAUGAGGGUGGCGUCCGUGUACCAACGGUAAUAUGGAGCCCACUUCUUAGCAAGCGCCAUGGUAUUAGCAACACCCUCAUUCACAGCACAGACUGGCUACCAACAUUUGCAAAUCUAGCUGGAAUACCUGCCGAAAAACUCACUGAUCUCGAUGGUGUGAACAUAUGGGAGUCUCUUAAUGGGAAUACAACAAGCCCAAGACGGGAAGUUCUUCACAAUAUUGAUCCAAUUUCCGGCUAUAGUUCCUACAUGCGCGACGGAUGGAAAUAUGUAAAUGGGACACUGUGGAAUGGGCAGUACGAUGGAUGGUAUGGCGAGGUAGCAUCAGAAGAAACAAUGUCCGAUGCUGAGUAUGCUAAAAGUGUACUUGAGAGCACAGCUUGGAGACUUUUGAGCCCCUACCAAAUUUCCGCCCUAAAUGAGGACGCCAUUUUGAAUAUUCGUAGCAUGGCUAAGAUAAACUGUCAUCGGGGAAAUCUUCCGGAAUCCCCGUGCAAUCCCCUACAAGCUCCCUGUCUCUUUAACGUGGAAACAGAUCCGUGUGAACUACAAAAUCUCGCAUCUACACUGCCCGAUGAAGUAGCUAGUCUUAAAAUGCGAAUUGACGCACUAGCCGAAACCGCAAGACCGCCAAUAAACAAAGAUGGCGACCCUAAAUGUGAUCCGGCACAAUUUGGUAAUAUCUGGACAUGGUGGCUGGAUGAAUUAGAUGCAAGAACAGAAGAUAAUAAUUCGUCUGAUACUCUAUUUUGGGUUUUUAUUGGACUGGUCAUUCUAAUGGCAAUCCUCGCCUUGAUUGUAACCAUUUUGGCUUGCCUAAAGCGCAAAAUUUGCUUUCCAAUUGAGAAGAAAUAAGUUCAAGCAUUUUGUAUUAUUUUUCUGAAUGAUAUUUUUUUGUACAUUUGAGAUUAAUAAAUAAGUUUUUUUUUAUUAAUUUUAAAUAAAA